CCCAGCGAGGGGAAGGCUUAACCAUCAAUGGGAAGGCAUGACCGUUGGGAGUCAUUUAAGGCUGAUUCUUUCCUUAUUUGAAAGUCAACCUCCCACCCAGUGAUGGGAAGCAUUUACCCAUCGAUGGGUAGGUAACCGUUGGCUUCAAAACUGAAGGAAAAUUGGCUUACCAGCGAUGGGUAAGUCUCAAACAUCGAUGGGAAGCCAAUAUUCUGCAGAUCCCAAAUCUUUUCAAUCCCAUAAAUCAAGCCAAUCACCCCUUUAAUGUAUUGGUCCGUUGGAGCCUUUUUUGGCACUAUAAAAAGGGGUGUUUGGGUCUGCUUUACACAUCAAUUCACUUCACUUUAUUCAUAUUAUCAUUGCAUCCAAACAACAUUAAUUUCCAUAGCUUUCUAGAGCCAAUUUGUGAAGUUUGAGUUGUUCUUGAGCGUAUAUAGUUUACUCAACAUCUACUCUUAAAGAGAGUCUUGUUCUUGAGUGUUCUUAGUGUUGUAAACACGUUUAGGGAAGCUUGUUUCCCUUGGUUGUACGAAGGAAAGCGAUGAGAAGAUCUUCCCAUCGAUGGGUAAGCAGCCUUCAGCCCAAUUGAACUCCAGAACCAUGCCAAACAGCGAUGGGAAGCUCUACCCAUCGCUGUUCAAGCCUUGGUCCAACAUUAUCACAAGGUAGAAUGCCCUUACCCAGCGAUGGGUACCUUUCGGAGGUUUCUUCAUCACAUGGAACCUGCAAAAACUUAAAAACUGGGCACGAGGUACCGUUAGUGAAGAUAGUCUUUGAGGAGGCUGGAGAGAUCAGGGACUUUAUCUUCAAUCGGUUUAUCUUCAAUCGGGCUGACUUCUUCUCGGACGGACAGAUAACCGAGAAAGGUUUCUCCUUUGGAUUCGGCUUCAAUUGACGACAGUCGCCGGGAUCUAGGGCCGGGUCGACCAGAACUAGAACACUGGGAUCUCGCUCCAAUCCUGCGGGAUCGUGCCGGGUCAAGAUCUGAAACCCGUAUCCGACGAGAUCCAGACGUUUCUCGGGCGUCCGUGGAAGAAAUACUCGUGGACGAUGGUGAUGGAGUCGUACAUCGCCGGCCACAUCGAUCCCGCCUGCUGGAUUUGCUCGAUCUGUUUCACUUAGUUUUCAGUUUCAGGUAUUUUGAAAUUGGUCAGUUUAUUGUGUAUGUGGUUGCUUCACGCUAAUUUCUCUGUGCGUGUUCUGAAUUCACCAAACCAUUUCAUCUAUUUUAGAUCCAGGGUUUGUAUUCAUAGUUUUUCUACGAACAUGGCAUGAGAUAGUUGUGAAGUCAAGCCAUUUUUGCUCCACGAGAGUAAUCUAUUUG